AUGCGGAUGCGCCUCUCCGCUUCAAGCAUAUGGGCUGCCUCGGGCUCGACGCGCAAAGGGCGCCUAGGCCAUGGGCUGCUUGCGCUGCUGCUUCUCGCGCUGGGGAGCAGCAGUCUGAGCUUCAGCAGCAUCUCGCUGAAGCGGAGCCAAGCCCGAUUAGAGGUAAAGUCCUGGAAUCCUGGCGAUGAGCCAGAAGAUGCGGACAAGGAUGCCAAGGAAAUUACGUACCAGAUUUGCCAAUCCGGGCGGAAGAGGAAUUUCCUGGCGGCGAAGGAGGCCUUUGAGGAGGCUGAGGUGAAGGACGCAAUCAUGUACAGUGCGAUCAUUGGUGCUGCCGCAAAUUGCAAAGAAUUUGACGAGGGAAUGGCCUAUUUCGAGGAGAUCCAAAGCAGCUCCUUGGAAGCCGGUGACAGCGUCUACAGCGCCACAUUGAAGCUCCUGGGGAUUCAGGGCAACUACGAAGAAGCCAGCAGGAUUUGGCAGCAGAUGGUCGACACAGGGCUGCUAAAGAGAUCAUCCCGACAGCAGGGCUGCCUUACUGGGCUUCUGAAUGCUGCCGCAUCUGCAGGAGAUGUUGAGCUCGUUCUCAAGGACAUGGACGCAGCUCAAGCCACAGGCGUCGAGCUCAACCCGUCGCAUUUUGGCUGCCUUCUGAAAGCUUGCCGACAAAGCAGAGAUCUCGAGAAUGCCGAGAAGGCACUGAAGCGCAUGCGUACCGCAAGCAUCCCGGCCAACAUUAUCCACUACACCAUCUACAUGGGGGCAUGUGCAAGGUUCGUGGCAGACGAGCAACCUGGGCAUGCUGCGGCUGUAGAGCUUGAGCAGAAAGUUCUGUCCAUGAUGGACGAGGACAUGGUGAAGCCCAACGAUUACUUCCUGGAGGAGCGAAUCCUUCUCCAUCUCGGAAUUGCUAGUUUGAGGGAUUGGCUGUACGAUGAGGAUGCACCGAGGCCCGGCGACGCGGAGUUGCAGGGAGCCGCACAGGUUCUGGAGGAGGCGAUUGCGGACAACAUCCGCCUCACACUGGGGCUUCGAGAGCUGAGGUGUUGCAAUGUUCAUGAGGAAGUUGAUGCAUGUCGCCGCUUCGCCGCUUUGCUGUGCAAUUCGAUGCAGGGAGUGAAGAUCAAGGAAGUGCGUUGCCUAGAGAUAGAUGAGGGCAUGUCCUCAACUGCUCAACCGCUCGGGGCCUUUGUCUUGGUUUGGUUCGGGCCGCCUCCUGGCUGGGCGGCGCUGACGCUGCGAUCAAUGAGCUGGAACGAGGAGUUUCGCUUUCUGAUCUUCACCGAUCAGCCUAUGUCAUACUGGAAAGACGGAGAGAAGAUUCCAAACGUUCAGUUCCGAUACCUGAAUGCUUCAAUGUUUUCGCGACUUGCGAGCAGGAAGACUGCUGUCGAAACGAGGCUGCAGCACGGUUACAAACUCUGUGACUGGCGCAUGGCAUACGGAGAGAUCUUCGCAACGUGGCUCCGGCAAUUUGACUUCUGGGGCUGGGUGGACUUCGACGUGGUGCUUGGCCGCCUGGCCUUUUUUGGCUUCAACUCCUCGGCCCUGGAACGGCGAGACGUUGUUGGGGAGUUUGGAUGGCCUGCGCAGGGCCCAUUGACGCUACUUCGCAAUCGUCCUGACGUGAAUCGGCUUUGGAGGAAGCUGCCAGACGUUGCAGCGAGGCUAAAGCGGCAUGACAUCCAACGUCUCAACGAGUGGGCGUUUGGACGCCUGCUGUGGAAAUCGUCGCUGGAGCGCCUCCCGCGACCUUUCCCAACACAGCUCUCGGCAUCGCCUCGCCACGGCGACGGUGACAUCAUUUGGUCUGAAGGCCGCCUCUGGCAUUUACCUUCAUGCGGCGAGGCAGGCUACCUUCACUUCUCCCGCUGGAAGGCUUCUUUCGAAGGCACGAUGCCACCGCCAACUGGGCAGGCAGUGCAGCUUGGCCCGCGUGGUGCCACAGAGCCCUCACAAACUGCCUGGGCACAGCUGGAGCGCUGUCGGCAAACAGAG